AUGGACCUGGCUGAAGCUGCCAACCUGCGGGACAAGAUCAAGGCCAUGUACAGCGGCGAUCACAUCAACAGCACCGAGGACCGCGCAGUGCUGCACGUCGCAACGCGCGCGCGCCGCGACCAGGUGAUCAAGUGUGACGGGAAGGACGUGGUGCCUGACGUCUGGGAGGUGCUGGACAAGAUCAAGACGUUCUCGGAGAAGGUCCGCAACGGCGAGUGGCUGGGCGUCACCGGCAAGCCCAUCACCAAGGUGGUGGCCGUCGGCAUCGGCGGCAGCUUCCUGGGGCCCCUCUUUGUGCACACCGCCCUCAGGACCGAGCCGCGCGCCAUGAGCUUCAGCAAGGGCCGCUCCCUGCGGUUCCUGGCAAACGUCGACCCGAUCGACGUGGCGCGGGCGCUGCAGGGCCUGGACCCCGAGGAGACCAUGGUGGUGAUCAUCUCAAAGACCUUCACCACUGCGGAGACCAUGCUCAACGCGCGCACAUGCAGGGCCUGGCUCACCGCGCAGCUGGGCAAGGAGGCCGUGGCCAAGCACAUGGUGGCGGUGUCCACAAACCUCAAGCUGGUCAAGGAGUUCGGCAUCGACCCAGAGAACGCCUUCGGCUUCUGGGACUGGGUGGGCGGCCGCUACAGCGUGUGCAGUGCGGUGGGCAUGCUGCCCCUGACGCUGCAGUACGGGUGGGACAUCAUGGGCCAGUUCCUCAACGGCGCCAACGCCAUGGACGACCACUUCCUG